AUGACCAUAGCACAAUGGCUAGCAGUAGACAAGGAAGCCACCAAGGAAGUCCAAGCUGGAUUAAGAUUUAUUCACGGAAGGAAAUCGCGAGCCAAGCCCAGUAAUCCAGUGCGGACAAAUCAAGUCGAUAAAGGCAAGGCCCCCGAAAGAGCAUUGCAAGUUAAUUAUCAAGGCAUAAUCACUGAAGGCCGAGACGAAGACAGUGUGUUUGCAGACACAGAGGAACGAUGGUCCACAGAAGAUGAAUUUUCCGAAAUCGACAGCGAAGACGACCACUAUUCAGGCUAUGAAUCCGACGACACGAUUUUCGAUUACCCAUACGAUCCAGAACGUUUACAGAAGGCCACCCCUCUUAUCGUACGUGCAAGCAUCAAGGGUCAAGAAAAAGAUUUUGUGGUAGAUACCGGAGCAGCCUGCUCACUGAUCAGUAAAGGCCUGGCGCAACGAUUGAAUCUACCGAUCAACAGCACGAAGUUUAGCGUGGAAUUGAUCACUGGUACAUACUCUGCUCUCAACAGAGUAUGCAAAAAUGUCUCUAUUCAAGUCGGCGGCAAGUUGCGACCUGAGCAUUUCCUAGUACUAGAACGCGACGAUGAUUUGAUCAUUUUAGGCAUGACAUGGUUUGAAGGGAUAAUUAUUAAAAGAGGUCUCAUAUUUUUAAUUUAUAUUUAA